GGCGCAUCCCAUUAUUCAGAACUCCAGACUAUCAUUUUUCACAGAGGAAGACACAAUGUAAACUUGGCUCACAGCAUCAGAGCAGUCAAAAAUACUGCACUUGGUGAGCAAAAACAUGGACUUUUCUAGCAGCAGCAGCAGCGAGGACGAGCUGGUUCUGCUUUUGAUUGCGAAAAGGAAAAGACGCCGUUAUUGGGUGCACCCUAUUCUUCAGCAACGAGAGGAGCAAGGGGAGCUCCAGCGAUUGAUACAAGAGUUGAAACUGUAUCAUGAUCGCUUUCAUCGGUAUUUCAGGAUGUCCGUCGGUCAGUUCGAAAGUCUGCUAAAACUGGUGGCUCCAUCGUUGAUUAAAUCUCGAACAAACUAUCGGAAACCAAUUGACCCUGAGCAGCGUCUGGCAGUGUGUUUACGGUUCCUCGGCACUGGUGAUUCAUACAGAACAAUUGCAUCUAGCUUUCACCUUGGUAUCUCGACUGUAGCAGGGAUAGUAGCACAGACGUGUAAAGCAAUUUGGGACUGUCUCCGGGAUGAACACAUGCCUGUGCCCACCGAAGAUAAGUGGAGGAGCACUGCAAAUAGGUUUUAUGAAAGAUGGAAUUUUCCCAAUUGCUUGGGAGCAAUGAAUGGGAAACACAUUGUCAUUCAGGUCCCUGCAAAUUCAGGCUCCCAAUCCCUUAACGGUACACUUUCUGUGGUUCUGCUGGCUCUUGUUGAUGCCGAUUAUCGCUUUCUUGCAGUAGACGUAGAUAGCUAUGGGAGCAGUAGUGACGGAGGCAUCUUUUCAAAUUCAGCACUUGGCAAAGCACUCGAAGAUGGUACUUUGAAUAUCCCUGCUCCAGUUGAACUUCCUAGCGCUCCAGAACUGGGAAAGGUGAAUUAUGUCAUUGUAGCAGAUGAAGCGUUUCCGCUGAAGCCAUACCUCCUUCGGCCAUACCCUGGACGAGGUCUCACCCAGGAGGACAUGAGAAUUUUUAAUCACAGGUUGGCACGGGCACGGCGCGUUUCAGAGAACUGCUUCAGCAUCCUCACCCAGCGUUUCAGUGUGUUUCACCGGCGUUUGACAACGACCCCCACAAUUGUUGGUUCUGUUGUGAAAGCGGCUUGUGUCCUGUACAAUUAUCUGGGGCCAUCUGAACAAAACUCAGCAGAUCAGCUUUUAGAGGAAGUCAGCAGUGAUUUCAGGGACAUAAUAGUACCAUUACAACGGUCGCGGCAGGGAAACCAUGCAUCGAGAGAAGCACGUAACCUCAGAGACACAUACAAAAUGUAUUUUAACUCGCCUGCCGGGCAAGUUGACUGGCAAUAUGAACAUGUGCACAAUGGUUUGGGGGGAACUUAAAUAUCUGUCCAUAUCCACAAUAAAAGGUGCAGUGUAUAAACA